AUGGCUGAUUUGUGUUUUAUAUGUGAUAAGUCACUUUCAGAGGGUGUUUCUGUGAAUGUUGUACGUGGUUUACAAACUUUAAAAACUGCAAGUAUUGAAAGAAAUGAUGGACAUAUAGACUAUUUAAAUACUUUAAGUUCUGUGAAUGUGCAUUCCGAGUGUCGAAAAGUGUACACUAGUAAAAAUGCUAUUGUUGCAUCGAAACGACGCACAGAAGAGGGUGAACCUUCAACGCCAAGUGCACCUCGUAAAAAAAGAAACGAAGUGUUUGAUUUUAAAAAAUUGUGCUUAUUUUGUGGCCAAGAAGCUAAUGAAGUAGCGGAAAGGAAAAAAAGGGAGAAGUACAGACGGACAAUAAUACCAUCUGCUGAUAAGAAGCCGCGCCAAGAUGAUCAAGUCACUCAAGCAAUGAAGGAGAUUUUUUGUUAUAUAGAAAAUAAUGAAGAUUCUCAAUUUACGUUGAAAGAACUUAAAGAUGUCCUUACCGAGUACAUACCCGACGAUAAGACGAUUAUUACAAAACUACAACAAAAGUAUUUAACUGACAUAAUAAUUACAAAAAAAAUAGGAGCAUUUACAAUUAUAUCUUUCCGUGAUACACAGGUUAAUGUACUAUCAAAAGCUUGGUACGAAAAUAAAAAAGCACCCCUGCAGAAGAACGUUUACGUAUUGUAG